GCGCGGGUGUCCCGGGCUAGGGAGGGGCCGCGCCCGAGGGCGCCUCGCGGGCAACCUGUGAGACUCGUCGCGGGCCUCCGGGAGAGGCAGGGUCUGCAAUGGGGGCUGAUGCUCUCCGGUCUUGAGGACCUGCCCUUUCGCCUGCCGAGGUCGUUUAAUGUGCACUUUGACCACAAAGGAAAGAGCCGCGCCUCGGCAAGAUAACCACUGUGUGGUUUAAAUCAGGAUGAAAUCAUCUGGAAGCUAAGAGCAGAAGCCUUUUUGGUUAACAUGGAGGACAAAAGACGGCGAGCCCGAGUGCAGGGAGCCUGGGCUGGCCCCGCAAAGAGCCAGGCAGUUGCUCAGCCAGCUACAACUGCUAGGAGUCAUCUCCACCAGAAGCCUGGUCAGACCUGGAUGAACAAGGAUCCUCAUCUGUCUGACAGACUGUUUGUAUUCAAAGAACCCCAGCAGGCAGUACGCAGAGCCCCAGAACCUCGAGUGAUUGACAAAGAGGGUGUGUAUGAAAUCAGCCUGGUGCCCACAGGGGUAUCUCGGGUGUGUUUGUAUCCUGGCUUUGUUGACUUAAAAGAAGCCGACCUGGUAUUCAAACAGCUUUGUCAAGAUAUUCCCUGGAAGCAGAGGACCGGCAUCAGAGAGGAUGUAACUUACCUGCAACCAAGACUUACAGCAUGGUAUGGAGAACUUCCUUACACUUACUCAAGAAUCACUAUGGAACCAAAUCCUCACUGGCAUCCUGUGCUGUGCACACUAAAGAACCAAAUUGAAGAGAACACCGGCCACACCUUCAACUCCUUGCUCUGCAACCUUUACCGCAAUGAGAAGGACAGUGUGGACUGGCACAGUGACAAUGAGCCCUCGCUUGGGAGGUGCCCUGUCAUUGCAUCCCUCAGUUUUGGUGCUAUGCGCACUUUCGAGAUGAGAAAGAAGCCCUCACCAGAAGAGGACGGAGACUACACCUAUGUGGAAAGAGUGAAGAUUCCCUUGGAUCACGGGACCUUGUUAAUCAUGGAAGGAGCUACACAGGCUGACUGGCAGCAUCGAGUGCCCAAAGAGUACCACUCUAGAGAACCGAGAAUAAAUCUGACCUUUCGAACAGUGUAUCCAGACCCUGCAGGCGCGCACUGGUGAUGCGUGAUCUCUGAGAGGAAAGCCGUGCUGAGUCGGAGCAAACCUUCUACCGUGAAGAAACUUCCCGAGGCUGGAGCAGCUGAUCUCGCAGUGUGGCUGUUUGGAAGACAGGGGUGGGAUUUGCUUCCCAGCUCAGAGUCCUGUGAAAUGACAGCCCCCAGUUCAUGUCCAUGAUGUGUUUGCUGUGGGAACAGUAAUCCCUAAUCACAUCUUGAAAUCACAUGUUUUCUUGAGACAAAUUAAAAACUCCUGUGGCUGGACUCGCAGAUAAUUUUGUCCAUAAGCAGUUUUUUUCCCCUUCUCCCCCCUCCACUUCAUUGGAAGAA